UUGCAGUCAUCAGCGGGUCUGUCCAUUGUUGGGGGAACAGACCGCGAGUUGAGAUUGAUAUACGGGGGCCGAAAGCGAGAGGCGCAUAUCAUCAGUGGACAAGCAGCGGUGCGGGCGCCUUAGUCAACAGGUCCUGAACGCAUCCUUCUAGCCAUGGGUUGCUAUGACUGCUGUAUGCGUUGUUUGGGUGGAGUGCCAUAUUGCUCCCUCGUCGCCACGUUGCUGUGCUUCUCUGGCAUUGCCCUUUUCUGUGGUUGCGGGCACCAGGCUCUCACAGAGACGGAGAGAAUCAUCGAGACCUACUUUGCACGUAACCUCCAGGACUACAUCACCCUCGCCUACAUAAUUCAAUAUUUCCAGUAUGUCAUCUAUGGUUUGGCCUCCUUUUUCUUUCUGUACUGCAUCAUGCUGCUGGCGGAGGGCUUCUACACCACGAGCGCUGCCAAACAAACCUUUGGAGAGUUCAGGAGCACCAUGUGUGGCCGCUGCCUCAGCUUCUCGUUUAUAGCGUUGACAUAUGUCCUCGCUGUACUUUGGCUGUUGGUUUUCGCCUUCUCGGCGUUGCCAGUCUACUUCUUCUACAACAUGGAUGCGACUUGCCACACCAUUGAUGUUUUGACUGAAACCCCAGCAAGUAUCAACCAGCUCUGUGUUGAUGCAAGGCAAUAUGGUAACGCCUCCAUUUGUUUCUACCCUCGCAUCGAUUGGCUCUUGCCAUGGAAUGCAGUACCAGGAAAAGCGUGUGGUAUGACCCUGUCGAAUGUUUGCAAAACCAGAGAGUAUCACACGACCUAUGACCUGUACAUCGCUGCCUUUGCCGGCGCGGGCAUCACUCUCUUGGCUCUGGUGCACUGUUGCCUUCACUUGGCCGUGUACCAGGUGUACCUGAAGAUGCUGAGGUACAGGGGGAAAGACGAGAGGAGAGGUUAUGACCUGUAUAGGAGGAUGCAGAGGGACAGAGGGACACUGUGCUCCCCAUAUCCUGCAAACACAUUUGAUAUCACAUGA